AAAGUCCUGACAUCGCUACAUCGGCCACAUCCUCGCGCGUGGAUUAUAAAGCAUACCUAAUUCAAGACAGCCACCCUGCCUAAAAACUGACACUGUCACUUCUGCUCUGCCUCUGCAGACAAGGACACUUCAACCUCUGCUCGAGCAUCUUCACACCCCAGAGACUCCGCUUCUACCAACAGCUCCAACUUAAACUAAACAGAGAUGGAGGGUCACGUGGUGCUGUUUGCCCUGCUUCUGUGCAUCUCUGCUGCAGCCUCUGCCUCAAGCCAGACGUGCGAUCCAAUAGAGGUUAAUGACAACCCAUGGGUGUACGUGACUGAGGAACUAAUUGGCUGUUGGACCAGCUUCAUCGGACAGGACAACGAAGAGGUCCACAUCCUCAAACUCAACUUUGACCCCUCGGAUUCCAUCAUGUUUUCUCUCGAAAUGAACAACACCAAGCCAAUGAACCUCAUCCUCACAUCAUCAGCCACAUACUUUGCCCUACACUACCUGCACCCUGAUGUUAAACUUUAUGUACAAAAUGACUCCAAAAUUGGCCUUCAUGCUAAUGUACAUCACAACAACGUCUACAAGAGAGACUUUCCCUCUGAAGAUGAAGAGCUGGUCAAGUGGGCGAGUCAGGAGUUUGGGGGUGUAACUUCAUUCACCACAAUCCGAAACCUGAAAAAAGUGACGUCGACAGGAACAAAAGGAACCAAACCUGGCUCCUCUAACUGCACACUGAGAAAUGAAGAUGCAUCAGAGAAGCACUUCAUGAAGAUUGAAACAGCACCCCUGGCUAAAUCUUGCUCCCCAUCGCCACAGAACCCAAAUGAUGAAACUGAGCUUCACAUCAUAAACAUCCCAGAGACUGCCAUCCCUUGCAAUGUAUCAGUUCACGUUGGCACUAAGAAGACCAGCGUGUUCCUGAGAGGCCCUCAGGGCACCACAUGGACCUUCAUCAACCCACUGCACACACAGUUUGGUUCUAACAAUGACAUCGUGCUGCUCGCCAUCCCACACAGAAUCCCGCCUUUAAUUACACUGAACAGCGACAAUGCAGUGGAUGUGCAGAGGAAAGCUUUAGAUUAUUUCAAAGCCAGUACUUUCACCAGCUACACUGAAGUCAGACCAGAGUAUCCUAUGGUCCUACUGGUCCUUAGAAACAACGACGACCCUAAAGUUACAGAAACUGCACCAGCACCAGUUACCCCCACCACCACUAAUGCCCCCCACCAGAUGCCCCUGCUGAUGCAGCUAUACACCUCCCCAGACUACCGCUCUCCCAUGGACCCUAACACCAAGGUGCAGAGUGACAAGAGAAUUUAUGCAGAGAUCUCAGGGCAUACCUUGGGGGACAUUGUGUUGACCAUCAAGGUGAUCAGCUGCUUUGUGCGCUCCACUGGCUCAUGCCCUGUCGUGAAAGAGCUGCCCUUCAUGUCAGAAGCUUGCUCUGCAAAUUUGUGUCCCAACAGCACCCGACUGAGCUUCUCCUUAGAUCAGCUCCACGAACUGACGACCACCACGUGGGACCUGGAAUGCUCUGUCAAACUUUGCUACAGUGAGAAAUGUGGAGAUGGAGGAAGAGUGAAGAGGAAUCUGGAGGUUACCCAGCCGUGUCUGCAACCACCAACCCCACCAUGCUUUGAUUUCCGCCUACCUGGCGUUCUGGGCAUUGCAUUUGGAGGGUUCCUGAUUGGAGUAUUACUUAUUGGAGCACUGUGGUUUAUCAAAAUAAAAACAGGUUACCCAACUGGACUGGACAUUAGCUCAACUGCAGCUAAUCUUCCUGGAUGUCCUUGCUCAGGAGCUAAACGACAACCAGUUUCUACCAACCCUUCCCCUUCUGAGAACAGUAGCGCCAAUGCUAGCAUUGGAAGCACCCAAAGCACACCGACCAGCAGCAUGGCAUGAGACUAUGGUCAUCUCCACCUCCAGCAGAGCCACUGUCUUCCUUCAAAGUCACUUAUACGGGUUAUGUGCUGUUUGUUUUCUUUAUCAAUGCUUAAAAAGCAUUUCCACUUUAAAUUCUCCUUAAGGAGCACAACUUAUGUCUUUGACCCAUCAAGCCUGAAAUGGAUGUGUCCGGGGAGGGUUUUUUAUGGUGGAUUGGAGUAGCUGCGAGACGGAUAACAGAAGUCUAAUCAGUGGCCUCUGACGCUCACCUCUGUAUCCUCUCUGUUAAGUCAAGCUCCUAGACAGGAAGUUAAAGAGGGCAAGAGGACAAAAAAAUUGGCUCCCAGCAACAGGAAAAACAAACCAUAUCCCCCAAGAGCCUACAGGAAAUUCGCUGCAUUCCUUCCAAUGAAUUGUGCUUGCGUGAUGGCGGCACAAUAAUAGUUAACAGGACACAAUCCAGUCAAAAGAUAGUCUUUGAAAAACAGAUGAAAAGCUGUUUUGCAUUCACAUCUAAGCUUCUUAACUCCAAAGGGCUUCUGGCUAGGUCAGUCCAAAGUGUUAUCAACAACGUCUCUGGAACUGAAAGGCUCAUCAUGUUAGGAUCUCAAACCCGCCAAUGAAGUGCUCACUUAAAGGGCUAUUCGUCUUAAUUGGAGUUUGAGGUCAAUAGUUAACAGCUACCUCCUGUUAUUUAGAAAUCUGGAGCUAAGUUUAAACUUAAAACUAGAUUUCUCUGGUGAAUUUAUAUUAUUUUCUGCUUUAUACUUAAUUUUAUGUUUUAUUCUGUGUCACUUUUGGUUAAUCUUUUAGUUGAUCUUCUGGGUCAUUUGUAGCUCACAAAACAAAGUUAUGGUGCCAUUUUUAUGCUAUCCAAUAGCUGUAAAGAUCCUUUUUAUGAACGUCUGUCUUUCAUUGUUUAUUGAAAGUUACAUAGAAAUAUACUUACACUUCUUAAUUACUCCAUACAAUUAUCAUACAUUUUAUUAUUUCCCUCAAGGAAGCAAUACAUUAUGCACCAUUAAGAGGAAAAACGUGUAAGCUGAGAUGAAAUAAUCACUGUUGUAAUGCAAAUCGCAACAUGAAGAGAUACAUGGCUGUAUCCAGAGCUGAGUAAUGUGCUUAUAAUGAGGAGUUUGUACCAAAUCUCUGACGUCAGACUUUUGCUGUAUAAGGAUUAAAGCGCCACUAAUACAGCUACGCCCACAGGGUGGAGUUUCCCCAAAAUAGUCUGUCUGGAUGUUGAAUUCCAGCACUUUUCCUUUGCACAUAUCCAUUUUCAGUCCAGCAAUAUUGCCUGACAAUUUGUUGUUACCACUAUUUUUAACAAUACUAAAAAGGAUACGUCUGUGGUAACAUCCAUACAAACAUGAAUAUGAAUGUAUUGCAUCUCACUGUUUCCAGCCAGGUUUAAUCAUAAUACUAAAUUCUAUUUUGAUACGUGUUUGCCUCACUUUGCAGUCAAUUCUGUGGGAUGAGAAGCUAAUGUUUGUUUAAACAAAUGGGUUACAAAACCCCAUUUCUGGUGAGAAACUGACAAACUUAGACCUGUUAACUGUAUAUUAGUCACAUCAAAUAUAUACCAAAAAAACAACCCCACCCCAACUUUCCCAAUCUUGUACAUUUAAACUUCCCAUUUAAGUCACCAGUUCUGAAUACAGCCUACUUGGACUAGCAUGAUCAAUAGUGAAAACUGUAUGAGAGCAGAUUUGAUAUGUAUUGCAACUAGAUAUCCUCAUUCACCAUUUCUACUCAGACCAAUACAAAUAAAAGCACACACAAUUUGUUAGUUAGAUAAUCGUGAGCCUCAAUUUAAUUAAUUUUAAUUAAUUUAAGAAGUAGGUUGGGUUUAAUCAAACAACAGACUUUCUCAUAGAUUCCGCUGUUAGUGUUUAGUCUUCAACAAAAAGUUGAAUUAUUGUUACAUAAGUUAUGUACUUAAAUAAGUGGGUGUAUGCACAUACUUUUUUUUAACCCAACCCACAAUCAGUUCCUUACCAUUACCAAGUAGUUUUAAUUGUUAGACAUGAUCUGCACUGCAGUGUUGCUGGACAUUAGUUAAAGAACAUUCGAAAAAUUGUGAGUGCUUCUUUCGCACGAUGGCGUACGGACUGUUGUAUGAGGAUACGUUAGUUGCAACUACACAUCAGUCAAUCAUUUAUGCUUUUCACCCCAUGAAGAGUGCUUUAAAACCCAGAUGUAUUUCCAGCUGUCACACAACAUGCCAAAUGCUAUGGAAAUGGACCUUUGUGAGAGACCAGUAUAACUUUCUAAUGAUUCAUCUCUGCUAACCCUAAGCCCUGCAGUGCUAAGUCUAGACAGAAGAUGCAUACAUGCAUAAUAAGGAACUCAUGAGAGCUAAAACUGUAGUGACGGUUGAUCCGUAAAUCCAAUAUUUGGUUCAAUGUAGAAUUAUUCAUGUAUUUUCUUUAUCGUAUUGCCACUCUGUUACCUCUUUGGACAUAUUCCCAGCACAUGUGUUGUGGUAUCAGUCAGAAAUGUGUAUUCACAGUACAUAGCUUUGGCACAAGCACCAACAUUGUGACUUUAAAAUGUUUCUUUAUAAACAUUUGACUCACUAAUCUACUUGUACAUGCAUAUAUAUAAGUAUAUUUUCACACUCCCGAUAGUUACUUGCCUUCUUUAGUUAAAAUAAUUUAUUCGCCUUCAAAUGUAAUCACAGAAAUAUUCAACGUUUCCGAAGUAACUGCAUUUCUAAAAUGUCUCCUCAUUGUAUGUGAGCCAUGUAGCUUCUUACCCCCUCUCCUGCUCAGUGUGCGUGCAUGUACAGUACAUUUAUCUGUGCAUGCCUAAUCUCCUUUGUGUAUUUUGUGAUACGGAGAACAAAGAGGGCCAGUACAAAUUUCCACUUGAGUAUUUGUGCAAUAUGAUGAGGUAAACUCCUAUGUAAUGUCUAUAAGUAGUUUUUUUUUACCAUGUUUUUUAUAUUAAGUGUUGUAUGAUAUUUUGACUUUGACGCAUUUUCUCAACAUGCUUUGUUCUUUUACAUAUUUGGAGAACUGGGACAAUUCCUAAUCAUGGCACUUAUCAAAUGCAUAACAUUUGUUUUGUAUUGUAAUCUCUUUUUUUUUUUUGCCUCCUAUAGAUUUGAGUUUCAAUAAUAUUGUAGUCACAGACGGUGCUUGUCACAUCACAUGUCAAAGACAAAAGUUAGACUUUUGCUCACCCUUCAAUUCCCCUGCUGUCCAAAAUAUGGCAUAUCUCUGCUGAUACUGACAUCCUGACAUUGUUGUGUGUUGUUUUUGCCAUCUUCACUGGGUGUGAUGGGGAAGUAUUCUGAAAGACAGAAUGUCUGUCCAAAGACGCAUCCCAGGAAGAGUAUUCAUCACUCACGAACUUCUCCUUCACAGGGAACGCUCAAACUUAAGAGUGAAAAGGUUUGGCUGGUGAGAACUUUUUUUCAUUUAAUUUUAAGAUAUCUUUUUUUUUAAAUGUCAGGUAGUCCGUACCUGUGUUAAACCAGUCCCAGGGACUGACACCUUCUGUCUGAGCACUGACAGUAAAAUCAGACAGGCUGCCAGUUUAUUCACCUGUAGAUCUUCGUUACCUCUGACAACAGCUUCCUCCACAAUGGACACGGUUGUCUCUGUCUGUGUGUGUGUGUCUCUAUGUGUGUCUGUCUGUACAACAAACUAUACCUACAUUUAUGUGAGCAGAUUCUUUCUCCAGCCCCUAACAAUGUCCAAAUUAUGAAUUCUUAUUAAAGAAGCCUGAACAACAUGUCAGAAUGUCUCCUUAGAUUUUAUCUAGUAUUACAUGCAGAGUAACUUUUAAACCAUUUAAAAUAGAGUUCAUUUCUUGAGACAAUACUCAACUGAUGUCAUGUACCUUCAUGUUGUCUGUGAACCAAUAUAUGUUUUGUCUACAUUUAUCUUAAUAAAGUGAAUAUGACAAACGUUA